UUUUUUACAGGUAUCAUUUUUUUCUACAAGUCCAGAACUAAGCAACAAACAACGAUUUGAAUACUUUACAAGAACAAUACCAUCCGACCACUACCAAGUUAAGGCCAUGGUGGAUAUAGUACGAUUAUUAGGAUGGAGCUACGUAUCUAUAAUUUACGAAGAAUCCAACUACGGCAUAAAGGCUUUUGAGGAACUCGAAGAUCUGCUGGGUGAAUAUAACAUCUGUAUUGCUGUAAAAGAAAAGCUCGUUAAGGAUUCCGGGGUGGCUGGGGAAUCUGCAUAUGACAAUAUCGUUCAGAAAUUGCUCACCAAACCCAGAGCUAGAGGAUGCAUAAUAUUUGGUUCGGACCAGGAAGUCGCCGAGUUGAUGAAAGCAGUGCGUCGCUGCAACGCGACCGGUGCCUUUUCUUGGAUCGGCUCCGACGGCUGGAGCGCGCGAUCUCUGGUCUCCGAUGGCAACGAGGCGGAAGUCGAGGGCACCUUAUCGGUACAACCGCAAGCGAAUCCCGUCAAAGGAUUUAAGGACUAUUUUUUGAGCUUGAAUGUCGAGAACAACCCGAGAAAUCCCUGGUUUAUCGAAUUUUGGGAGCAUCAGUUCCAAUGUCGCUACCCUAACAGUUCCAAAACACCCUACAAUUUAAAAUACAACGACAUGUGUACAGGAAAGGAAGAGUUAACCAAAUCCAAUAUUGUUUUUGAGGAUCAACUUCAGUUCGUGUCAGACGCUGUGAUGGCAUUUGCUUAUGCUAUAAGGGAUAUGCAUCGAGAUUUGUGCCACGGCCAGCCUGGAUUGUGUGACAGCAUGAAACCUACAAAGGGCACCGAACUUCUCAAAUAUCUAAGGAAAGUCGACUUUGAAGGUCUGAGCGGCGAUCGGUUUCAUUUCGACGGCAACGGAGACGGACCGGCUCGCUACAACAUCAUCCACUUCAAACAAACCCAAACCGGAAAGUAUCAGUGGAUAAGGGUCGGCGAGUAUCUCGAGGGAGAGCUCAGGCUUAACAUGUCCGAAAUUCAGUUCAAAUUGGGUCACCCGAAACCACCGGAGUCCGUUUGCAGUCUGCCUUGCGAUCUUGGCCAGGCGAAAAAAUACGUGGAAGGCGAGAGUUGCUGCUGGCACUGUUUUAAUUGUACCCAGUAUCAGAUCCGCCACCCGACCGAUCCGACGCAGUGCGUGAUGUGUCCCCAGGGGGCGAUUCCCGACCCGCAGCACGUGCGCUGCAACAACAUUCCCGAGGAGUUCCUGCAGCCGGACAGCGGCUGGGCGAUCGGCGCCAUGUCCUUCGGGGCGACCGGCGUGCUGCUAACCACGUUCGUGCUCGGCGUUUUCAUGAAGUUCAACGAUACGCCGGUGGUGAGGGCGUCGGGACGCGAGCUGAGCUACGUCUUGCUUAGCGGCAUCAUGUGCUGCUACUGCUGCACCUUCACCUUUGUCUUUAAGCCUACCAAUAUGACAUGUGGCUUGCAAAGGUUUGGUGCUGGAUUGAGUUUUACGGUAGUUUACGCGGCAUUACUAACCAAAACCAACAGAAUUUCUCGCAUUUUCAACGCCGGCAAACAUUCAGCCAAAAGACCGAGUUUUAUUUCCCCAAAAUCCCAACUAAUUAUUUGCAAGGGUCUUGUGGGAGUUCAGAUUUUAAUAAACGGGGUCUGGAUGGUGAUAGCCCCGGAGCGCGCGUUGCAUCAUUAUCCAACCAGGGAGGAUAACCUGCUGGUUUGCUCUUCUUACACCGACGCCUCCUACAUGAUUGCGUUCGCAUACCCGAUCUUUUUAAUUGUGAUCUGCACCAUCUAUGCCGUGCUUACCAGAAAAAUCCCUGAAGCGUUUAACGAGAGCAAACACAUAGGCUUCACGAUGUACACGACGUGCGUAAUCUGGCUGGCGUUCGUUCCCUUGUACUUCGGGACAGCGAACCACGUAGCAUUGAGGAUAACAAGCAUGUCCGUCACUAUAAGUCUAUCAGCGAGCGUCACUCUUGUCUGCCUGUUCGCUCCCAAACUAUAUAUCAUCCUCAUACGGCCUGAGAGAAACGUCCGUCAAAGCAUGAUGCCAAUGAGAUACAGCGCUAUAAACAAAAGUUCGGCUACUACUGGUUCCGGCAGCAUGAUGGCAGCUGUUAUGGUGACAGCCGCCACCUGCGAUCAAAAGCAACAAAUAGCUAAGCAUGUGCCACCAGUACAAGAAGAUUCCGAAAAAGAAAAGGUAGAAACAAAAGAUAACUCCACCCAAACAACUGCAACGUCAUCGAAUAACGUUAUAACGAACAACAAUUGCUCAGUGGAAAACGGACCAAUCGCGAUGCUUCCAGGCACACAAAUCAAGAAUUUUGACUUAUAGCAGUCACCUUUAGUGACUAGAACUUCUAGUCUCAAGUGCAGAAGAAAUCCGGUGCAAGUGUAAGAAUACUAAGGAAUUUAGAACUGAGACUUCAAUGUUAAGUGUACAAAUGUUGCUUUUUAAAAUGGGUUUAACUAACCAUAACUAUUAAGGGGGCAUUGUAUUGUUAAUUAUUUAAAAAUGAUAAUUGUUUUAACUAAUCCAGUGUAACAAAUUGAACGAUAAAAUGGUAUCUAGAAAUUUUUAACAUUUUUGAAAAUUGUCCCACCAUUUUAUAAUGUUAUACCAAUGUGCGAAUUUGUUUUAAUAUUUUUAAAAUUAAUUUUUUCUACAAUUUUUUUAAUUUAUUCUUUUGGGACCAUGCAUCUUCUAAAACUAUUAGUAAUAGAAUCCUAAGACCUUUUUUGAAUAUUUAA